UGCCCUCAUACUACGUCACUUUCAGUCACUUGCGCGGAGGCGAUCGCAGCUGAUAGUGGUGUCAGAAAUCCUAAACGUUGGUUGUAUCCAUAUUUUGCAACAUUUAAUUUAAUUCACAAAGACCCCACGUAGCCGUAUCAUUAUGGCACAGCCAGUCUUCUCAGAAUGCCAACUUAGUCAGGAACGGUCAGGAAUCACAAAUUUUGUGCAGAAAUUAGUCAAGUAGGGUGUGACAAGAGCUUGGAUUGGGCGAAAUCUCUCACGUGACAAUGCAGUUUUCAAAAUGGCUGCUUGUGGAAAGAUUAGUUCAAUGAUAGCUCUCAAUAUUCGUUUUAAGUUUUCCGUAUUUUAAUCCACAUAGCAGGUUAAAAUGCACUUUAAAAUGAAAACACUCAACAAUGGGGUCACAAACGCUUGAAAUUUUACGCCAGGGUGUCUGGGCUUCACUCACAGGAGGUUGGUUUUAUGAUCCCCAUCAAGAUAUUUUCUGCAACACAUUUCACCUAUACAUUUGGCUGUUUCUCCUAUGUGUGCCAUUCACAAUAUAUUUGUAUUUUCCUCCAUCGUUUUUCGUUUGGGGCGCAUACUGCGCUACUGUAGCUCUACUGUUUGCGACUCUGAAGUUCGUAAAUUUGGGUCUUCAUCACAUGUAUGACACAUCAGAAUGCAUUCAAGAAGUGAAUGAGGAUGGCCGUCCAGAAAGUGAGAGAAGGAGACAGCAACAGCAAGGAUGCAAACAAAGAAGAGAGGAGGAAGGCAUUGAACUGCAGGUGUUGAGUAGUAAGCGGUCAAGUGAGACUCCGCCUGUGGGUUGCAGUUCUCGCAAUUCAUACAUUGAGCCUCAGCAGGGAGUUGGCACUGAUGCAGACAGUAUCAACUCCUCAGAAUACCCAGUUGAAGAUGUGACUUUCAAGAAUGGAAGCAGCACCAUAGAUCUGAAAGUGGAUGUUCAUCGAAAAAACAGCUCGGAAAGUAGUGAGGAGAUGGCAAAUCUGCGCCCUGUUGUAGAGAAAGUGAGUGUACAUCGAGCAGAGCAGUGCACCCAGGCAGACCAUGAACGCUUUAGAACUAAGUUGCAAGCAGAGAGUAGAUCAAAACGCCAAAGAACACGCAAAAUCAGCAUCUCAGUGUCUAUUGUUGAUGAGACCAAGCCUGCAACAUCUGGAGGGACAAGCAAGUGUCCUAGUCUCCAGAAGCUGUCCCACCAAACCUCAUCCACAGACUCCCAGGAGGAUAACAGCAGCCAGGGACCAGAGCCCCAGCCAUCUCUUGUUUCUGUGGAAGCUGGACCUGGAAUUUCCAAUUCCACAAAUUCUGUUCCUCCAGCCCGACGAUAUUCCAAUGCUGCAAGUCACAGUUACUGCAUUCUGCCAGCAGCUAUCAAACCAACUGGGUCACUGGAACUUGGUGGGUAUAUGCUGGAUGCAACAGCUGACAGCUCUGUCCCCAGAGACAAGGGUCUCAUCUACUGGAAACAGCAGAACUCACGUGGGGGUGUGCGACGGAUACGAAGUGGCAUGCUCGACUCCUGCUGCCCGCCAACUAGUCUUGAAUCAGGGAUUGUUGAUGGUGGGGGAACUCACUCCAGUGGAAGUGGAGCGCGACAUGAUCCUCCACCGUCCACUCUGCUUCGUGCCCGUCUCUCUCUCUCACCAUACUAUGGCUAUGGCAGUGAGAUUGUAUAUCCUAUUGCAGAGCAGUCAGAUGAACUGGGUCAUAGUCACAGUGGACCCAACGCAGCGGCCACAGAAGGCAGCACCUUCUCUCUUCGUCCGACUGUUGUUCCUGAUUCUGAUGAUGAUGAUGAUGAUGAUGAUGAUGAUGAAGAGGACAAUGCUGGCUCACGGUCUCCACUACUGGUUCGUCAUGAAAGUUUUGAAAAUAAGAACAUUGCAGGUUCUUCAAAUAGUGGUGCUGGUGGUGGUGGUAUAGGUAGUGGAGAGAGGAGAGGAAACAAAGAACCUGGUUUCUCAUCAUCCAACUCAUCUAGGAACACUAGAAAAAAGUGUGUUGUUUCUAGUAAGUCAGGAAAUUCGUUCAGCACAGGCUCCUUGGAUCAGUCAGUGUUCCGAAAACAUUUUCCUGUUGUGAGCAGUGAGGAGAGGUUAGAUGGACAUAGUCUGGUGGAUCGGACUAGUGCUUCCUCAAAAGAUGGCCUACUGGCUACAGAAAUUUCUGUGUCUGUUGAAUCUCCUGAUAUGGUUAAUGGCGAGCAUGUGACUGGUGGUCAUGACAGCAGAGGCGGUUCAGACAGUGACAGAUGCCUCAGCGAGUGUGAUAAUGCUGACAGUCUGAGUGAUGGUAGUAGACAGAGACAUCAGCAUUCUUUGAAAGCAGUGCUAGCAGAAGAAGGAGCAGUAGUGAAAUGUGAAGAUGUUUGGCACCAGUCAUCCACAGGCGGUGUAGACCCUCUUCCUCCUGCUGAGGUGUCAAGCCUUGUGGGUCUAGAUUGGCUGUUUGAGCACACUGACAGUGAACCUGAUGAUACCCCACACUCCAAUCCUGAUGCCACACUUUGGAACUACACACAUUCUGAUGAUGAUGAUGAUGAUGAUGAUGAUGACGAUGAAGAAAGCUGCGAUGAUGCUGUUCACUCUGCCACAGACUUAUAUGGGCACAAUGAUAUACAUAGCAGCAAGGAGACAGAUGCUGAGUCUGGAGGAAGUUCAAGUACCACUACGUUAAGCUUGGAACAUAGUCACGAGGUUACAAAGCUUCUGCAAGGUCCAGUUGGUGAGGUGGUGUCUGGUUCCAAGAACCAAGGAGCUAUCCCAAAGCAGAGAACACUGGUUGGAACACUUGUUACAGAUGUUUGUAACGGAUCAGCAUCCAAACAGCAGACUUCAGUGGCUAGUGAAACGGAACAAAGGAGACAGGCCAGAAGGCUGGCAAGAGACCGAGGUGCUAAAACUGUUACAGUUCCAGGUUGCAAAGAGAGACCAAGUUGCAGUGUAUAUAACAGAAAAGCAGCUUGUACAGCAAAACCAGUUCGCCAGCUUCGCAGGGAAUCGAGGGGUGCAGCUGAGAAAGAGAAACUUCCGUCCAUACCUGCAGAAGGAAUUGAAAAUCCUCCUGUAACAUUAUCCACACCACAAGAUCAUGUUCCAACACAGCAGAAGUCUGAACUGGUGACCAAGACGAGCAGUGGAUCAAAUCCAGUGGGUGAAGGAGCAAGUGGUUCAUCUGGCUCAGCGACGGAGUUGAGUUCCUUGCUGCCACCUCCUGCUAUGCCUCUCCUUGCAACAUUUCUUGCCACCAGGAGAGAAUUACCCCCAGAAUCUGUCUAUGGACCUCCUGCCAUAGCUUUUGAGCCUGUAUUCCACAGUGUUAAUAGAGUGGACCUAUGGACAAAUGUCCGCACACGGCAUCAGAGGCUUAGGAGGGCUUUUCGAACACGCAGGUCUCGAGGUGGUAUUCGCAGUAGUGAAACUUCAGUUGCACCUCCCUCUGCAUCGAUCACAGGCCUGGAACCACUCAUGGCAGAUGGAGGUCCUGGAACCCAUAUAGCUACAUGUCACAAUGACACAUCUGAAGGAGCCGUUCAUUGUUUUCGUGAUGAACAUGGGAAUUGGCUGAGUUACACUUUCUCAGAGAAGGGAACAGGGACAGCCAACACAGGAGUGAUGCCAAUAGCAGCUGCUGCUGCUGCCACAGCCAAUGGCAAGCUACUUAGCACACUGCUCAGACAAAAGCAGUGUCGUCUUAGCGGGAGUGGCACAGAGCCAGCAGUGUGGGAUUCCUGUAUCGCUGGUGGUGGGCAAGAGUCUCUGUCAAACUCUUCCAUGUCCAUAAACUCGUCUGGACUCACAGUGAUUUUGGAUCGCCAGAUUAAUGCAGGGAGUGUCACUCCUGCUGCGGCAUGCUGCCAUCAUCAUUCGUCCUCUGCCACUGGUCAGGGAUCCUGUCUCAAAGACGUUACCCCAGUUCCCCUUUUCUCCACUCUUCCGUCCACUCCAGCAUCUUCGCAGCAUCACUCUGGUGGCAUAUGUAUCCUGGAGGCUGUUAUCCAUUCAUCCUCAGCCAGCAACCAGCUGCGCAAUCCAUUCCACAUCCUGGCUGACAUGCACUCAGCCACUGAGAGGAAUAGCAGGCAGGCAAGACAUCACCAGCAUCAUCAUACCAACCCUGGUGCCAUGCUGAAUGAGCCAAACUCCACGGCCGUUGCUGCGCCACCUGCCUCUAGCUCGCAAGGGGAGACUGAUGCAGACAUCACACUUACUCGAAACCACUUCCGGUACAUGGAUGCAGUAGACACUCCUAGUGACCUGGGUCCCAGUAGACCACGGCACUACUACAAGUACUGGAUUACACCGUGCACUCACGUGAAGAUCCGUUUUGAUCGCCUGGCUCUCCUUGCUCUCUUGGAUCGCAACCUCACGUGGGAUGAGACACUUCUCUCCCUUUGCUUGGCAAUUUUAGUAGCAGCAUUUGGCUCACUUCUUCUCCAGUUGGGCUUGUUUCGAGAUAUCUUUGCGUUCAUGUUUUGUUUUGUGAUGGCUGGGUGCCAGUAUUCACUUAUCAAGAGUGUCCAACCUGAUGCCUCAUCUCCUACACAUGGAUUCAAUCGCAUUGUAGCAUUCAGCCGGCCUGUGUACUUCUGUAUAGUUAGUGCCCUAGUUCUUAUCUUGCACCAGGCAACUCUUUCAAACAAUGAAAUUUACAAUCAGACCAACUUUACCCUUUAUGGAGCAUACUUCACAAACCAGAAUUUGGUGCAGAUGUCCCGUGAUGCUCUUGCUGUAUUCCUCCUUUGCUUCCCGAUUGUCUUCAGUCUAGGGCUAUUCCCUCAGAUAAACACAUUUCUCAUGUACCUCUUGGAGCAAAUUGAUAUACAUGUGUUUGGUGGCAACGCAACUUCCAGUUUGCUGGCUGCAGCUUACUGUGUCUGCCGCAGCAUCCUUCUGGUGUGCUUCCUGUAUGGGUUUGCUUUUGGCGCACUCAGUGAACCCAAGAAUUCCCAGCACAUUCUCUUCUCAAUAUUUUGUGGCCUGCUUGUCGCCUCAACCUACCAUUUAAGCCGAAGUGCAAGUGAUCCCUCCGGUAUCUGGAAUAUAAUGAAGAGACACUUGUGGCCUCCACACGACUUCUUCCAUGAACCUUCUUCCUCACCUAAACCAGGAAAACCUCCAAAUAAACACCAUCGCCAACAUCAUCACCAUCACCACCACCAUCGUAGCCAGAAGCAGAAGCAGAAUGUGUCGGACGAAAAAAAGAAAGCUGAUGGAGCUGGAAUGAAAACAACAGCCACUAACAGAACAGACUGUCCAUCAAACAGAAGUAACAAGAAACCAAAACAAAACACAGCAUCUUCAGAAGAGCAGCCAUCAGCCAUGGCAGAAAAAGAGAAGGAGCUUGUGGAUCCAUUGCCACUGAAGCUGCAGCAUACAGUGCAUGCCAGACUGAAAUCAGAUGUGAUUGUCUGCACAUUGGUAGCAGUGUUUGUGUUUGGAAUCCAUUGCAGCACAGUGUUUGUUGCUCUGCAGCCGGAACUGAACCCUGUACUAUGGGCUGUGGUCGGAUUCCUUGGCUUCAUCCUGCAUUACGUGUUUCCCCAGCUCAGGAAACAGUUGCCAUGGCUAUGUUUGGCAAGACCUGUGUUCCGCUCUCAUGAACACAGCCAGUUUGAAGUCAGGGAUGCAGCAAAAGUCAUGUGGUUUGAGAAGGUGUAUGUUUGCCUUUGCUUCCUGGAGCGAAACAUAUUGUAUCCAGUCUUGUUCCUUGGUGCUUUAACAAGUGAUUCUCCAAAAGUCGUGCAGAAAUUUGGCCCAUUGAGUGGAUCAUUGGUGGUGGUGGUGUGUGGGCUGAAGUGCCUGCGUGGAUCAUUUUCGGAUCCAUCAACCCAGUACCUGGUGUUGGUGUUUGCUGUUCUCUUCUUCCAGAUGGACUACAGUAGUACAUCAGAGACAUUUCUCAUUGAUUACUUCUUCAUGGGAAUCAUCUUCAGCAAAACCUAUGAGUUUCUGCUUAAGGUGCAGUUUGUGGUGACGUACAUCGCUCCGUGGCAGAUCACAUGGGGUUCAGCAUUCCAUGCAUUUGCUCAGCCAUUCAGCGUACCGCACUCAGCCAUGCUGUUCCUGCAAGCAGCCAUAUCAGCAGCCCUUUCGACACCUCUCAACCCUUUCUUGGGCAGUGCUAUUUUUUUGACAUCAUAUGUUCGACCCGUCAAGUUCUGGGAGAGAGAUUACAACACAAGACGAGUGGACCACUCCAACACUCGGCUGUCCUCACACUUAGAACGCAAUCUGGGAGCAGAUGACAACAAUCUAAAUUCUAUCUUCUAUGAACAUCUAACCCGUUCACUGCAGCACUCCCUCUGUGGAGACCUGAUUCUGGGACGCUGGGGUCCAGUGACACAAGGGGACUGCUUUGUACUGGCAUCUGACUACCUCAACUGUCUGGUCCACAUCAUUGAGCUUGGCAAUGGACUGGUAACUUUUCAAAUGCGAGGCCUUGAGUUCAGAGGAACCUACUGUCAACAACGAGAAGUUGAAGCCAUCUCUGAGGGCAUUGAGGAAAAUGAUGGAUGCUGCUGCUGUGAACCAGGGCAUUUGCCUCACAUGCUCAGUAUUAAUGCUGCAUUCAGCCAACGCUGGCUUGCAUGGGAGGUGACAGCUACCAAGUAUGUGCUUGAGGGAUACAGCAUCUCGGACAAUAGUGCCAUCUCAAUGCUGCAAGUGUUUGACUUUCGCAAGGUUCUCAUCACCUACUAUGUUAAGAGUAUAAUAUUUUAUGCUGUACGUUCUCCACGCCUCGAUGAGUGGCUGAGUUCCCCUACCAUCCUUGAGGCACUGCAGCCAAUGCUGGACAAGAACUUUAUUGAUCUUGACCCUGUGUUCAACAUGAAUAUUGAUGAAGACUAUGACUUUCGUGCUUCUGGAAUCACCCGCAACAGUUUCUGCAACGUGUACAUGGACUGGAUCCAGUACUGUGCUACGAAGCGCAGCAAGCCAGUGAAUAAUGGGAAGGAUUCUGUCCUGGUGUCUCUAUGCUUUGCACUCAGUUUGCUUGGGCGGCGUACUCUUGGAGCUGCUUCACAACACAAUACUGUUUCGAGUGUUGAAUUCUUCCUAUAUGGAUUACACGCCCUCUUUAAAGGAGAUUUCCGUAUCACCUCUGUUCGAGAUGAGUGGAUAUUCUCUGAUAUGGAGUUGUUACGCAAGGUGGUGGCCCCAGGGGUUCGCAUGUCAUUGAAACUGCACCAGGACCACUUCAUGUCUCCAGACGAAUAUGAAGAGCCAUCAGCCCUCUAUGAUGCCAUAUCUUUACAUGAGGAGAAACUGGUUAUAUCACAUGAAGGUGAUCCAGUAUGGAGGAAUGCAGUGUUGUCAGGCACACCAUCUCUGCUUGCUCUCAGGCAUGUCCUUGAUGAUGGCACAGAUGAAUACAAGAUAAUCAUGUUGAACAAACGUUACCUGAGUUUCCGAGUGAUCAAGAUGAAUCGAGAGUGUGUAAGAGGCCUGUGGGCAGGCCAGCAGCAGGAACUCGUAUACCUUCGCAACCGAAAUCCUGAGCGUGGCUCCAUUCAGAAUGCUAAACAGGCUCUCCGCAACAUCAUCAAUUCAUCUUGUGAUCAACCAAUAGGCUACCCAAUCUACGUGUCCCCUCUCACCACGUCUUAUGCUGACACCAAUGAGCAGCUCUGUAGCAUUGUUGGAGGCUCACUGAGUUUUGAGGUCAUUAAAAAGACAGCCAUUAGAUUGUGGAGGAGGGCUCGGCAGCGGUGUGGCGAGGGCUGUUCCAGUGGGGGAUCUCUACCGCAAGAUGAUGGAGGUUUUGGCAAUGAUGGAGUGUAUGCUAUGACCACCUGUAACAUUCAUUCAGGGUACACAGCCCACCCUUCCAGUGGGCAUAACACUUCAGGCAGUCAGUCCAUGGACAGUAGUCAGAUUGGAGGCAGCUUGGGUAGAGGAGGCACCCUGGGACGAGGAGGCAACCGAGGCAGUAUAGCCUCUGCAGGGAAGCCAUCAUCCUCAACUUUGGCCAGCCUUGCAGGACUUCUGUCUGCGACAGAGUCAGGAACCAAAGCAGAGAGUUCUUUCAGUCAAGGUGUCUACAAGAGGGAAGAUAGAGAGGCUGAUCCUGCAGAAAGCAACCUUGCUGCAGACAAGGAGCCAGUGUUUCAGAGAGUGCGGAUCCAGGACCCUAACCAGGUUUAUGAUGCAAUCAACCUUGGUCGUCGGAUUGAUGUAGUUUGGCCUGAUGAGAAGAUGAGGGCUCGUGGUGGACGUUCCAGCUGGCGGGACUGGUUACCAGAAAAGGGCAUGGAGGGACAGGUUGUACAUCGAUGGGUUCCAUCUCACCGAGAUCCCAAUUGCAGGUCUCACGUGGAUCGAACGAUUCUUCUGGUAAAAAUUGAUGACAAAUAUGUUCCAAUUGCUGAAAGUGGAACACAGGAUUUGGGUGCGGAAGUAUAGCACAAGACCUCGUGCCGCAGGCACAGACAUAGGUCCAGGCUGUCUCACGUGUGAAAGUGAAACAUUCCUAUACGUUGUCUGCUACUUAAAUGGUCAUGUGUUCCUAUGUGCACAACAAAUGACAUAAUGCUACCGUAUUCCUUAAAGGUACAUAGCAGUAUCUGAUGCGUAUCUUGUUGCUUACUAAACAGUGAGAGCAGCAAUAUUGCAAAGGUGAGAUCUAUACCAGAUAAUACAAAGGUGUGUCAUUUUAGUGUAUUCAGGGAUGCAGCAUAUGAAUUAACUUUGAGUGUAAAUCAAGUAUUACAAGACCACAGAUGGAAUGAUGGUCAUUCUUAUAUUCUCCCAGCUUAUCCUGCAUUUUCUCCCCUAUUCUUUCAACGGUUCAAGCAUGACCACCAAAUCAUUUGUGGCAUGAUGUUUUUAUAAGUAACUGAAGACAGUUUUUAUUGCCAGCUGGCAUGUCUGUGGGGAAUGGUGGAAGCAUGUUAUGUUGUUAUAUUUAUUAUCCACAGUAGAGAAGCAGGUUGUUAUUGUGUACUGUACAGAGCUUUUAUACAGGUAGAUGAUUUCACAGGAUGCCUUAACAACUAUCAGACUGAAUCUAAUAUUUAAACAUUAUGAGAUAAUAAUAAAUCAUUUUUAUGCCAUUGCAGACUAAAAUGAUUACAGAUAUUCUUUAAAAAGGUUGAAACAUAUUUUAAGAGUAUGGAUCAGUAAUCAAGUUGGCUGUGUGUCAUAGAGCUCUGAAUAUUUAGGAGUGUUUUUAUUGGCAAGUAAGCUUUUUAUCAGUAUUUGCUUGUCACUUUUUUGUUUAUGUAGUGAAGUGGGAACCACCAGUCAGAGACUGUGAUAAGCACUGACCACAGCCAUGUCAUAUUCAUAUUGU